CGCGGGGGCGGGGCGGGGCGCGGCUCGGCUGUCUCCGCGCGCGCUCGGCGGCGCUCGGCUGUCUCCGGCCUGGGGUCGGCGGCGCUCGGCUCCGCUGCGGCGCGGGCAUUUCUCCGCAGCCCGGCGGCCGCGCCCAUGCAGGCCAUCAAGUGCGUGGUGGUCGGCGACGGCGCCGUGGGGAAGACCUGCCUGCUCAUCAGCUACACCACCAACGCCUUCCCCGGAGAGUACAUCCCCACCGUGUUCGACAACUACUCGGCCAACGUGAUGGUGGACGGCAAGCCCGUCAACCUGGGGCUGUGGGACACGGCGGGCCAGGAGGACUACGACCGCCUGCGGCCGCUCUCCUACCCGCAGACCGUAGGUGGCCGGGCCGGGCGGGCGCGGCGGGGGGCGCGCGGCGCGGGCGCUGACCGCCGCCUCCCCGCCCAGGACGUCUUCCUCAUCUGCUUCUCCUUGGUGAGCCCCGCCUCCUUCGAGAACGUCCGGGCCAAGUGGUACCCCGAGGUGCGCCACCACUGCCCGCACACGCCCAUCCUCCUGGUGGGCACCAAGCUGGACCUGCGCGACGACAAGGACACCGUCGAGCGGCUGCGGGACAAGAAGCUGGCGCCCAUCACCUACCCGCAGGGCCUGGCCAUGGCCCGCGAGAUAGGCUCUGUCAAGUACCUGGAGUGCUCCGCGCUGACCCAGCGAGGCCUGAAGACCGUGUUCGACGAGGCCAUCAGGGCCGUCCUCUGCCCGCCCCCCGUGAAGAAGCCGGGCAAGAAGUGCACGCUGUUCUAGGCCCGCUCCCGGCUGUCCACCCACCUGUCCACCCGUCCACCCAUCUGCCCCUCUGCCUGUCUGUCCUCUGUGGUGUGUUGUCGGUGUGCCUGAGUCUGUGGGAGGGAGUGGGGGUGAAGCAUGAGGCGGGGGCCUGUCCACUGCGCCCC